AUGGCUCCAACUCUUCAUCCGCUGAUCGAUAACGGAAUUACCAAGGGAGAUCCCAACUUCUCUGGCGGCACACUACGAUGUCAUUGUAGGAGCAAACCAGUGGAGGUCCUGCUUGGAGGCAAUGUUGCCCACAACCACGCUUGUGGAUGCUCGAAAUGCUGGAAGCCCGCUGGCUCCCUCUUCUCCGUCGUCGGCGUUAUUCCUAGGGAGCAGGUCAAAGUAACAGCCAACGAAGAGAAGCUCCACAUCAUCGACGACUCGGCAGUCAUUCUCCGAAAUGCCUGCAAGGAGUGCGGAGUUCAUAUGUACGGCCGCAUUGAGAAGCCUCACCCGUUCAAAGGCUUGGACUUCGUCCACGUUGAGUUGUCGGAUCAAAAGGGGUGGCAGGAGCCUCAGUUUGCGGCUUUUGUGUCGUCUAUAAUUGAACAAGGGUUCAAUCCCAAGGGUACUGAUGGAGUGCGGCGCAAGUUCAAAUCAGUUGGGCUAGAGACCUAUGACACCUUGUCGCCCACGUUGGUGGAUCUCAUUUCUACGUGGACAGCACAGCAGAAUGGCCGACUUCCAGCAAAGCUAUAA